GAUGCACCCUCUGUCAUUCACACGCACAUCGGUGUGCAUGUAGAUGAUAUUGAUGCAUAUCCAUACAAACUUAUUCCUAGGAUCCACCGAGACCACACAAGUGCCUGCAUAAAUGUAAAGCAAGAGCAGUCCUCUCUCUCUCUCUGUCUCUCUCUCAACCCUUAGCUUGCAAUUCUCCCCUCUUCAUGCAUGCAUGUCUACACAAAAGCUAUGCUAUAUACUCUAUGAUAUACAUACAUAUAUACUUGCAAGCAGUAGUAGUUAGUUAGCUCUCUCUCACACAGGCAUACUUUUACAGCUGUGCUACAUACUGAUGAUGGCGUCCCAUGAACCCCACUACCACCUCCUCGGCUUCUCCUCCUCGUCGCCGGUGACUCCUAACCCUGCCGCCAUGGCCAUGGCCUUCGACCACCACGGCGUCUUCGCCCCACUCCACGAGGACAUGCCUCCGCGAUUCGGAGGUGCCGAUGACAGGUCAUGGCUGCCGCAAUCGUCGACGCUCUCUCUCUACGACACGGUCGGCCAGCAUGAGCUGCAACCUUUCACGGUGGCGCCGCCGUCCAUGAUGCCCAUGCAGCAGCCGCCCUUCCGGUUAAAUAGCUCCAGGUACCUGGGCCCCGCGAGGGAGCUGCUCAGCGAGUUCUGCAACCUCGAAGGUGAUGCCAUGAACGGCGGCGCGAUGAUGCGAGCUCCGAAGCAGGACGGUGAAGUGGAGGCGUCGGCAUGUGGCCCAUGGGGCGCCAAUCCGUCUGUGAGCUCCAUGGAUUACAUGGCGCUCGAGAGGAGGAAGGCCAGGCUCCUGUCCAUGAUGGAGGAGGUGGACAGGUGCUACUGGCGAUACCGUGAGAAAAUGCGGGCGACAGAGAUGUCAUUCGAGGCUGUGGCCGGCGUGGGGGCAGCACAAGUGUACACGAAGAUGGCGAUGCGUGCCAUGUCACGCCACUUCCGGUGCCUGAGGGAUGCGCUCGUGGGGCAGAUACGAACUUUGAAGAAGUCAAUGGGGGAGAGCAGGGAUGCCGACGGCAUGUUGGUAGCACCGGGUGCAUCAAAAGGGGACACGCCGAGGCUAAGGGUUGUGGACCAAUGCCUGAGGCGGCAAAGGGCGUUCCAGCAAUAUGGUGGUGGUGCCGCCAUUGAGAGCUGUCCGUGGCGGCCCCAGCGCGGCUUGCCAGAGCGCGCCGUCGCCGUCCUCCGCUCGUGGCUCUUCGAGCACUUCCUCCACCCGUAUCCGAAUGACGUAGACAAGCACAUUCUGGCGCGCCAAUCCGGGUUAUCAAGAAGCCAGGUUUCCAACUGGUUCAUCAAUGCAAGGGUUAGGCUAUGGAAGCCCAUGAUAGAGGAGAUGUACGCGGAAGAAACCAUACAACAUGACGACGGUGGCACUAGCAGUGGCAGAGGCGAACCUGCUCCGACGGAUCAUCACAACAACAACUUGGCAGCAUGCACGACGGUUACGAUAACAGGAGAUCAAAAUUGCCAUCGCCUUAGCGGCAGAAACAACCCUGGUGACUGCUUCAUCCCAUCCUCCCAGGUUGUGGACGGCGGGAAAUUUCUCCAUGGCUACCCAAGUUUGCGCAGUGAUAGCGGCAGCGGCGUGGUGUCGCUUACCUUGGGACUCCAGCAGCAACAGGCGUUUGCUUCACCGGCGAUGAUCAUGCAACAACAAUCGUCGCUCAUGAUUGGAGCUGAGGGGGAAGACAUGGUGCUACCGUACAGGAACCUCAUGGGGUCUAAGCUGCCGCAUGAUUUCGUAGGCUAGGACCCUGGGAGACAAGAACAUAAUCUAAUGCUACAACCCAUAUAGGUGCCACCAGAUUCUUAGGCAACUUGCACCGAUUGAUUGGAUAUGUGUAUAUUGUAGUACAACUUAAGUAAAAAAGUUAAUUAUAAAUGGCUAUGACCACUAUUUAUUUA